UUAGUCCCGACCUCUCAUGAGAGUCAGACCAGACUGCCUACCGACCCCUCCUGGUGCAGAGUGUCGACGCAUCAAGACUUCAUGUCGGAGAAAACCCGGAUCAGAGCCCCCAACUGGUCCCCAGUCCUAGAGGAACUAAUCUGAUAUCUACUGAGAGAGAACCGGGUCGGGUACUAAGACUGCAGGUCCCCCUCAGACCUCAUGGCUCCAGUCCUGCUCCUGUUGGUCCUCCUGGCGGAAGCAGCUUCUGACCUGAAGGAGGUAACAGUGGAUCCUGGAGAUGACGUCCUUCUACCAUGUCGAGCUGAUUUCUCCGUUAGAGCUGUAGAGUGGACCAGACCUGACCUGGAGCCAGAUACCGUCCUCUUCUACAGGGACGGACACUUGGAGACAGACGACGAAAAUCCGUCCUAUAAGGACAGGGUGGACCUGGUGGACAGAAAUCUGAAGGACGGAGACGUGUCUUUAACUCUGAAGAAUGUGAACAUCAACGACACUGGAACAUACAAGUGUCGAGUUGUAAUCGGUGAUUUAGGACGUAGAAAGAGAGACAUCAUCGACUCUGAGCCAAUCAGAAUCAUCAAUGUGCAGGUUACAGACGUGGGGGAGGUGACAGUGGACCCUGGAGAUGAUGUCCUUCUACCAUGUCGGGCUAAUUCCUCCAUCAGCGUUGUAGAGUGGAGCAGACCAGACCUGGAGCCAGAUACCGUCCUCUUAUACAGAGAUGGACACUUGGAGACAGACAACCAGCAUCCAUCCUUUAAGGACAGGGUGGACCUGGUGGACAGAGAUCUGAAGGACAGAGACGCGUCUUUAACUCUGAAGAAUGUGAACAUCAACGACACUGGAACAUACAAGUGUCGAGUUAAAACCAAUGAUCAAAUCCGAGUCAGAAUCAUCCAUCUACAGGUUACAGGUCCUGAGGAUGGACCCUCUCCUGGACUGGUAGCAGGUGUUGUGGGUCUGCUUCUUGUAGCUGCUGUGAUUGUAGCUGUGGUCGGUGUCCUGAUGUAUAAAAGACACCUGAUUGUGGUAACAGUACAUCCUGGAGAAAACAUCACUCUGACAUGUCGGUCAAAUGGUUCCUCCAUCAGUGUUUUAGAGUGGAGCAGACCGGACCUGGAGCCAGAGUACGUCCUCUUAACCGUCGAUGGACGCCUGGAUCCAUACGACCAGCAUCCGUCCUUUAAGGACAGGGUGGACCUGGUGGACAGAGACCUGAAGGACGGAGACGUGUCUUUAACUCUGAAGAAUGUGAACAUCAACGACAACGGAACAUACGAGUGUCGAGUUGCAUCAGGUGGUUCAAGACGGGAAAAGAGAGCCAUCCUCGACUCUGAGCCAAUCAGAAUCAUCAGUCUACUGGUUACAGAGCCAGGUUCAGAUAGCAGUUCCUCCAAGUAUGAAAACCCAAAGAAUGAUGUCCCUGAGGAUGGACCCUUCUCUCCUAGAGGCCGAUACGUGGUACUGGCUGUAGGUGGACUGCUUCUUGCAACUGUUGUUGCAGUAUUUAGUAUCAUGACGUAUAAAAGACAUAAGGACAUGAGACCAGGACCAUAUGUCUAUGAUGAUAAGCUAUUUCCCUUCCGUGAAUCACCACCUUACCGAGGUGGAGGGGUUUGCGUACCCAAUGAGUCUGAGAGCUGUGUUGUCUGGAGCUCUGAGCUCUGUAGGGUUUCCCAUGGCAGAUUGGUCGCAGAUGAGGGUCAGACUAAGAGUGAUUCGCUAACUGACUCUAGCUUUGAAGAACUAGAAUACUUAAACAAGGAGAAGUUGCUUCAGGGGAAAACAGAAGUAGGCUACUUAAGUGAAAACUAAAAAUAUGAUCAUGUUCAGUAACAGUAAGGUUUGAAUUAAGAAUACAGAGCUGGCCAGACAACAUCAGCUCACAAAGGCACAAUAAUACUCAACAACAAUUAAUUUCAAUUUAUGUAGAGUGACUUUUAAAUGCUUGCACUUUGAACUUCAAUCUGUUUUACUUUUGUCUUAUUCCAAUAAAUACUUUGUUUUGCUACA